AUGGCGGAGCAACGUUUAAAGGAUACGGCACGGAAAUACGUGGAGCAACUGAGUAACUCGAAGUCCAAACAACAGAAACUUAUGGCGCAGCUGCUCUCUUCGGCUGUACUCAGUGCACCCGGUGAGAUUUUUGCACUGAUUGGAGGACGCAUCCGUAGUCUCACGGUACUUCUCUGCGGAUGCAGCUCGCAACCAACAUUAAGAGCCUAG